AUGAUACUCAACUCUAUUGCCAGACACUCGUCCUCACACCUCUCUCUUCCUCCUUACGAUGUUCAACUCAUCCUUACCUCUAAUGCGGAGCUUCUGGUCAAGCAGUAUAAGUAUAGUACUCAGUCCAAGGCUGAGAAGAGACACACGGUAUACACCACCAUCUCGCGCAGUGCGCGGGGGGGGGGGUGGGGGGGGGGGGGGGGGGGGGGGGGGUGGGGGGGGGUGGGGGGGGGGGGGGGGGGGGGGGGGGGGGGGGGGGGGGGGGGGGGGUGGGGGGGGGGGGGGGUGGGGGUGGGGGGGGGGGGGUGGGGGGGGGGGGGGGGGGGGGGGGGGGGGGGGGGGGGGGGUGGGGGGGUGGGGGGGGGGGGGGGGUGUGGGGGGGGGGGGUGGGGUGGUGGGGGGUGGGGGGGGGGGUGGGGGGGGGGGGGGGGGGGGGGGGGUGGGGGGGGGGGGGGGGGGGGUGCGGGUGGGUUGUGUUUGGGGUUGGGGGGUGGGGGUGGGUUGGGUUGGGGGUGGGGGGGGGGAGAGGGAGAUCGUGGCGAAUUAUUGUGUGUCGUAUAG